AUGGUGGAAAUAAAUAGUUUAUUAAUUGCAGAAGAACAAGUAUUUUUCGAAUUGGAUAGUGUCACAUUAUAUAUAUCAUUUAAUAAUAUAGGACCGGGCCAUCUUUAUGUUACAAAUAAAAAUAUUCGUUGGAUAUCUCAGGAUAAACAAAGAAAUUAUAAUUUUAAUUUUUAUUUAAUUGGUUUAAAUGCAAUCUUUAAUGCAAAUGAAGAUUUUCCAAACUGUAUCUAUUGUCAAUUUGAUGAAAUUAUAAAUCCAACUAUCGAAAAUGGUAAUGGUAAUAGCAAUGGUAAUGACAGUAACAGCGAUGAAAAUGAAGAAGACGAAACCUAUACAGAAAUUAGAUUUAUUCCUUUAGAUGAGUCAAAGAUUCGUGAUAUUUAUGAUGCAUUUUGUCAAGGUGCUUUAUUAAAUCCAGAUGAAGACCAAGAUGAUGAAGGUGAUUUUUAUUUUAAUGAAGAAGAAAACGAUGAACAAGAGUUGGCAUUUGAUCCAAAUGAUUUAGAAAGAUUUGAAGAUGCAGAAGAAUAA